AUGCCCGCUUUUUUAACUGGGGCGAUCGCAUACCUUGCGAAUUUAGUUGUUGUGUUUGGGCUUUAUCCUUACCGCGAUUACAUCAAGGGUUUUGAUGCCGCUCGAAGGACAGUACCGAACCCAUCACGAUUUUGUAUGUAUCGCUACUGGGGUAUGAUGAAGAAUCCAUCCCAGCCCUUGCUUCUUGCAGCUCCGCAGGGACUUCUAUACUUUGGUUACGCUCUAGGAUCCGGCGGAUCCACUGGAGCGAUCCUAGGUGGAAUCUUUUCUGGAUACGCCAAAGUUUUUGUCAGCACGAUAGCGCGUCGUAUGAGUGUCAGCAGCAGAUAUAAUCGUCUUGAUCGUCUCACCUAUUCCUCUUUUUUGAAUUGUGUAAUUUCAAGCAGCAGACACUACGGGGUUUUAUCUUUCUUUAUGGGCGGGCUCGCGACAUCCUUCAUAGCGGUGCUAUGGCAUGGAGUUUCUUUGGCUGUUCUGAGCCAAAUGCCUAGGAACGGGAUGCUAGAAAGCACGUGGGAUGCUUUUCGGAUUCAUUCCCUUUUGACAUUUUUGUCGAAUCCUGUUCGAAAUACCUUCAGAUCUUCUUUGGCAUCGCGCGAGCGGGCGGGCGGUGUGCAAUGUCUUCGUAAUUACGCUGCCGGGGAGGCGGCUAUUUUUAGGGAGGCUGGUGGUGUUUUUCUGACAAUGUGGCGCACGAAGGGCGUUUCUUUUUUUCUUAAUGGAGUUCUUCUCACGACAUUCAAGACUUCUGUACCAUUUGCUAUUACAUAUGGUACUUUUAGGUUCUUUGGUGGUUCCAUUGGUUCUUCUGUUCAGGGAAGUGGUAAUGGCUAUAUCGGAGGCCGUCGUUUUUUGCGCCGAUACUAA